AUGUCUGCGACAAGGAGACGUACGAGUGGCUCAAGACGUCGUGCGCGGGGACUACGACGAGGUGCGUGCUGUUCCCCACGCUGGCAGCUGCGUCUGAGCGCGGCGCUGCCGCUGUCCAUCACGGUGAACCACUCGCCGAUCAAGAUUGACGUCGUCCAUGGGCACCAGUGUAUACCGACGGGUGACUUGGACUCGCUGGGUGCGACUGCGAGACAGAUGGACGUAGAAUCGAUAUUCCAAGCGGUAGAAUACGACAACCACUUCUUCGUCAACCCCGGCUCCGCAACAGGUGCAUGGACGGGUGCAUGCCCGGUCGUCGUGACGUAUGUCUACCAGCUCAUCGACGGCGAGGUGCGCGUCGAGACGUUCAAGGAGGCGCCGCGGAGCACG